CAGUGGCCGAUCUGGAAAAGAGGAGGAAGAUGGCGGAGCUGGAAGACGUUACGUUAGAUGGGAAGCCGCUUCACUCGCUCCGGGUAGCGGACCUGAAGGCCGCUCUGGAGCAGAGAGGACUGCAGAAAAGCGGCCAGAAGAACGCGCUCGUCAAGCGGCUCAAGGGGGCGCUCAUGUUGGAGAAUCUGCAGAAGCACUCCACCUCUCACGCUGGUUUGCAGCCCAACUCGCAGAUUGGCGAGGAGAUGAGUCAGAACAGCUUCAUCAAGCAGUACCUGGCCAAGCAGCAGGAGCUCCUGAGACAGCGGCUGGAGAGAGAGGCUCGGGAGGCGGCUGAUUCUGAAGAUGUGUCUGCAGAGUCAGAGGAAGAGACCUCCCUUCUGGACCUCAGUGCCUCGAAGCCACCGGACCUGCAGUCCAUCCCAGAGGUGCCAGAGCAAAGUGGGAUAAACGCUCCUUCCAGAGCUGUUUCAGAGAUGGACAGCCCCUCCGUACAGGAAGAGGAGUCGUCGCUCGAAGACAGAUCUGAGGGCUACGACAGCGGAUCCUGUCCAGCAGACCAGGAGGAGAGCCUCACUGCUUCCCUCCCGAAACGCAGGGCAGUACCAGCCAGGGCUUCCCCCUCCCCUCAGUCCCGGCGCCGCUCCGGCACCAGAGCGGUCCGGCAGAGCCCGGCGCAGCCUCAACCAGACGAACUGGACAGCGAAAACCUGCCGGGUCCGGUUCCUGGUACCGCCUAUUCCCCUGUGUCAGAACUGCAGGCAGCAGAACCUGCCAGGUCCAGACGGUCCAGGCACUCCAGAGACGGCUCCUUCUCGCUGGAUCCCAGCAGCUCCCCGGUCCCUGAAAGGACCUCCGACGGAUCGGAGCAGUCCCGACCAAGACGGUCGUCUUCUAGGCAGAUCAAGGACUCUGUGGUUGCCCCUGGCGCAGUGUUGGUGGUGGCACCACUGGCGCAACAGACCAGUCCUACUGAUCUGGUAGUCCGCGCUGAAGCCCAGUCGCCUGGCCCCAGAGCUGUGGCUUCUCUGUCUGUGCGGGUGAUUGGUGGAAGCAGCGACUCCUCCGCCUCGGAGCCUCGGGUCGCAGGGAGCUCUGUCCUAACGGCAGGCGUUGGUGGAGGAGCCGACUGGGAAACCAGAGGUGCGCCUCUCACUCACGUCAAGCCUCAACAGCAGGGCUCGGCCGAAAUGGACAAAGAUGUCGUGUUGACUGAGGGGGUCGGCAGUGUGAGGGUAGUGGUGGAGGUGGGAGGCGGAGAAGAGAAGGCAGCCCCCAAGGAAAGAUUGAGAAGGUCCAGGCAGUUAAGGGAACCCAGUCCCCCUCCUCCAGACCCCCCAAAUCCUGUGUUAAAAUGCGGGGCAGAAAGCUUCCCCCUCCCAGAUACCCCGAAACAGAGCCCUCCGGCUUCUGAGGAGCAAGCCCCCGAAGUAGGGUGUUCCCAGGUGCCCCAAAAGGCCAAGAAAGAGAGGGAAGAAGGUGGGGGCAGCUCUUUUGAAGCAACAAAGAGGCGAAGCCACCAGAACCAGGAGCCGGGGCCUCUGAGUCGCCUGGCCAAGGCCAUGGAAGAAGACGAUGACGACGAUGAUGACGACGACGAUGAAGAUGAAGAGAAAGUGAUUAAUCUGACUUUGGAAAAGAGAGAAAGCGUGCCCGAAGUCGUGGAGAAGCCAGACAAUUUGCCUUCAGCAACGGCUGUCGGAAGUGCGCAAGAGUCGGUCCUGACGAAAGCCUCUGUAGAAAAGGCCACCACUAAGCCGGAGCUGCCUGCAGAUGGCGCUGUUACGUUGGCAAGAUCCAAGGAAAGCCCAGAAGCUCCCAGAGGAAGACCUAGAGAGGUCCUGGAAAAGGAAAAAACCGGGGAAGAGUCUAAGGCAUUACCAGGGAAGGCUAGGGAUGUUUCUAAAACUCCAGAUAAGCCAACUGAGUCUUCCGGGGGACCACAGAAAGUGGUAGAGGCACAGAAACCUCCAGAAAUGCUUGGCAAGCCUGCCGAGGUCUCCGAACCAAUAGCUUCAGAAAUGUUAGGGUUAGGGCAGACCCGCAGGUCAGCUGACAGAAAAGAGGCUGAACUGCCUGAAAAAAAAAAGCAGAGUCCUUGUAAGAGUUUGCCAGCAGCAUUCAGAGUGGUUAGAGGGAGUCCGCCAGCGACGGUGGAACCGAAACCGGCUUUGGAGAAACCAAAAGAGGCCAAUCCCGUGACUGGAAAUCUGCCAGUUCGGGUUGCUAUGGCCGCAGUAGCGGAAAAAACAGCUGCUGAAAAAAUUUCAAGCGACGCGAAAUUGACAGAGACUGAAACGGAAGAGCUGGAGGCUGCUGCUUUGAUAGACUAUUCUUCUUCAGCACCGGUGAAACGGGCAGUGCGGAUUCACAAGCUCCAAGAGGGAGGGCCGGGAAAGACCACCAACCAGGCCGCUGGAGAGAAAACAACAGAGACGGAGAAGCCUAAAAAUCCCGAAGAGGUUUUUGUAGCAAAGGUAACAGACAAACAGGAGCAACCCAUCCCAACGACCGAGACUAAAGAGGUUCCUCGAGAGAGCAGCAAAGUGUCAGAGAAAGGGACAGUCGAAAAACUUACAGGAGUUUCUGCUGUGCCUGAAAACCUCCCUCUUGAUCUGAAACUGCAGACAGCGGUCCCACAGGAAGACUCUGCCAUGCCUAAAGAGGGUCAGAAAAAAGACGCUGCUUCUGAAGAGGCCAAAGCAGCAGCAGAAAGUCCACCUAAAGAGGUUCUCAAACUGGACAGCAGACUCAUUCUGCAACCCGAAAAGGGAGGAGUCGGUGAGAUGGCAAAGGGGUCAGAGCAGACCAGGGCUAGCCAGAGCCACCUUCCGUUCUCAAAACGGGGCCGGGAUUUGGGCAUAUCGGACAAAAGACAAGAGGAGACCAGAGAAAAAGGCGAGGCCAAAACGUCUGGCACCGAAAACGAGAGUUCUCUAAAACCGGCACAUCCUGAAAAGCAAGCAGAAGGGGGCGGUUCAAAGUCUCCCCAAACUCUGGUUAUGGAAGUCCCAACGCCAGCACAGGAGGCUUCCAAACUCUCGGAAAACCUGACAGCCGAAAAGCAGGAGCAGGGAAUCGACAAACAGUCUUCGGAAAGUCCAGCUGCUGAACCUAAAUCCAUGGAGGUUACAGCAGGAGCGUCGUCAGAAAAACCCAAGGAGACCCUAGUUAGCCCCACACCGCCGCUGGUUCAACCCCUGCCUAAGAAAUUCAGAGUCUUUCGAGACACCCCUCCGUCUCCAGAGGCUGGGGCACCACCAAAAAAGAUCCGGUUCUUCAGGGACGGGCCGCCAGCUCCGGAGCACCCGAAGAAAAGCUUUCAAACCCGGAGGUCGGCCGAAAGCAUCCCCGAAACAAAACCUGAGAUGGAGCAAGGGGAGAUGGAGAAGCAGGCUAGCCUGGAGCGACCUUCAGAGGCUGGGCAGCUGCCUAAGGAGUCUGGGGUGGUGUCUGCCGUGGUGGUACCUGGAGACGCUGCAAAGGCUGCGGAAAUGCGUAAGGAAGGGGAGGCGGCAAGCAAGACUGCAGAAGGAAGUGCUGCAGACCCCAAGAAAGGGUCAGAAAGUGGGUCCCUCGAAAGAGAAGGCCCCCCACUGCCUGUGGAAACAAAAGGGUGGAAGCCAGAGCAGGGGAGUGCCAAAGAGCCUGAAAAAAAAGUGGAGAAGACACAGGAGCCUGAAAACGAUCAUCCGAAAAAGGCAGGAGGAGUUUCCCUCGAGAAGGAAAAGGAGAGCGGCCCUCCCAAGAGAAAAUCCAGGGAGAGCUCCCCCUUGGACAAAGACCUCCCCAAACCAGCACAGGAUGAAGCAGAAACUUCCGGCAGGCAGCAGGCACAUAAAGAGACGCUUAAAAAACAGGAAGAUAAGACCCCCGCGGCGGCUGCCGGGAAACGGGCAGAAACCGCCAACUCUUCAACUUCCGAGACGCCCAAAUCCCCAGAGGGGCGGCUGAUGAAAGCUGCGAGAGAGCCGGAGAAGGAGCCCAUGGGCCCCAUCCUGCCACCCUCUCCUCCCCCAGAGGAGACGGAGAGUGGCCACCCGCCGACGCCACCCCUCUCUGCCCCCGACACGGAGAGGGAGAGGGGGAGGCGGAGCAGGGAGGAGGGAGCCUCUCCUUCCUCUCCCUCUUCGUCGUCAUCUUCCUCCUCUAACUCGUCUUCCUCAUCUUCGGCCUCUUCCUCUCGUUCGUCGUCAUCGUCGUCUGCUUCUUCCAGGUCAAGGUCACCCUCUAGUGACAGGAGGUCUAUGAGCCCCCAGCGUGACUCUCUCUCCAGAGAUAGCGGUGCUUUUUGCCAGCCUGAGGGGUCCCCCGAUUCAGGGCGCCCUGACGACCCCCCCGUGCCCCGACACCAUGAGAGGCGCAAGAGACGAGCCGAGAGAGAGGAGGAGGAGGAGGAGGAGGAGGAAGGGGAGCGCGAGGAGAGAGCCGGGUCCAGCCACAGCAAGAAGCCUUGUCUGACGGCAGAGGAAAGUGGUGAUGUGGCUGGAAAGGAUGAGAGGAGAGCUGAGGAAGGAGGGAGCAGGACAGAACACAGAGCGAGUGAGCUGAAACGAGAGACCUCGUCUGGUAUGAUGGAGCCGGAGAGCCUAGAAGAGAACAGCAAGCCCAGUGAUGAGAAGGGGAGCAAGGGUCGAGCAGAGGAGGGAGCGCAACUCAAAACAUUUACCUCCAGGAAGAUCUCGGUGCUGUCAGCCAGUAAGUCUCUCUCUGCAGUUUCCACUGCCGAGCCAGCAGGGGGCGGUGCAGGAGCAGCAGUCCCAGGUGGGGGAGCAGGGGGAGGGGAAGCAGACGUGGGUCAGGCUGGGAGGAAGAGACGCUGGGGUUCGAGCACCGCAGUGACUGCCAAAAAACCAUCCAUCAGCAUCACAACAGAAUCGCUCAAGAGCCUGAUUCCUGAUAUGAAGCCUGUGUCUGCGGGAGGCCAGGAGGCUGUGCUCGAUUUGCACCCGGAUGAAGGGCACCUGUCUGGGGAGGAGAGCGAGAGGCCGGAGGGUCGAGGAGACCCCCGAGAGCAGGACAGGGGGCUCCAGAUCCGCAGGACUGUCACACAGGUGGUCCCUGCAGAGGCCCAGGAGAAUGGACAGAACGAAACGAGCAAGGAGGGAGGGGAGGAGGAAGCUGGGGGAGAGGAAGAGGAAGCGGAGAGGAAGGAACCCCAGAGUGUAACCAUGGAGACCCAGCCGCCGGUCACCGGGGAAACGGACGUCAAGAAAGCGACCCCUGGUGGUUCUCUAGUGCGGCGUUCCAUCAGCCAGCAGAAGAGUGGAAUGUCCGUCACCAUUGACGACCCGGUCCGGAGCACCCAGCAUCCCUCGCCCCCCCGUGGCAAACCCACCAGCAUCGUGCACAUCUCCAACCUGGUCAGACCAUUCACACUGGGUCAGUUAAAAGAGCUGCUGAACAGAACCGGUACCCUGGUGGAGGAAGGCUUCUGGAUCGACAAGAUCAAAUCUCACUGCUAUGUCACGUAUUCCACAAUGGACCAGGCUGUGGCUACGAGGACUGCGCUCCACGGGGUGAAGUGGCCUCAGUCCAACCCCAAAUUCCUUUCUGUGGAGUUUUCAGAGCAAGAUGAGCUUGACUUCCACAAAGGUCUGCUGCCAGACCUCCGGCCAGCAGAGGGCCCCAGACAGCUGAAGGAAUCUCUCCUCCAACGCUCCUCCCACCCUGCUCCCCCACCCCCCUCCGGGCCCCCGCAGCCCCGCCUCUCAGACCGACCUGUCCGGGACCAGUGGGCGGAGCGAGAGCGGGAGAUGGAGAGGCGGGAGAGAGCGAGGGCGGAGCGGGAGUGGGAUCGUGACAAGGUGCGGGAUUACAACAGCAAGCAGCCACCAGCAGGGGGCCCAGGGGGGCAUCGCACCGGAGCAGAGGGGCCCGGGGCAGCCGGACGGAGGUCCCGCUCUCGAUCCCGGGACAGGAGGCGCAAGGAAAGGGCCAAAUCUAAAGAGAAGAAGGCGGAGAGGAAAGAAAAAGCCCCUGAGGAGCCCCCGGCUAAACUCCUGGACGAUCUCUUCUGCAAAACCAAGGCUGCUCCGUGCAUCUACUGGCUCCCACUAACACCAGAGCAGGUGGCUCUGAAAGACGUGGAGCGUGCAGAGAGAAUGAAAGAGAGAAUCAAGCGCCGCAAAGAGCAGGAAGAGGAGGAGAAGAAGAGGGAGGAGGAGAGGAUGCAAAGACUGAAGGAGCGAGAGAAAGAGGUGGCUGAGAAGGAGAGGGAGCGAGUGAGGCAGCUGGAGAAGAGGAGAGAGCAGAGGAGAGAGGAGGAGGAGGGGGAGAGA